UCUUAUCGGUCCACGUAUUAUCUGACCAACACACACAGAGAGCUUUCUUUCACCCGAAAAUGGCUGCUCGAACUUUCGCCAAGCUUCCCACAGCAAUCACAGUCUCUCAGUCCAAUUGUAGUAGAACAACCCACGAAACUUCUUCUCUGACUCCGACCCGGACUCUCAGACCCAACAUUUUUCGGAGCCCAUGGCUGGGUACCGAUUGUCUAUGGCUUCAGGCUUCGAGUUUCAGAAGCCAGGCACCAAAGAUCCGGCUUGUCACUGCUACAGUCUCUUUGAGCCUCCCAACUGCAAAACCGGAAAGACUUUCUUCCCCCGAGAAAGUUCCUAAAUGGUCUCGGAGGGCUAUAAAGUCGUUUGCUAUGGGGGAAUUGGAAGCCAGGAAGCUCAAGUACCCGACUACUGGAACUGAAGCCCUUCUCAUGGGGAUCCUCAUUGAGGGUACUAGUCUGGCAGCAAAGUUUUUGCGGGCAAAUGGUGUAACACUUCUCAAGGUUCGUGAAGAAACUAUCAAGUUACUUGGAAAAGGUGACAUGUACUUUUUCAGUCCUGAGCAUCCUCCAUUGACUGAAGAUGCUCAAAGAGCUCUGGAUCGGGCUGUUGAUAAAAAAAUUACAUCUGGUGAUAAUGGUGAAAUUACUACAACACAUAUUCUUCUUGGCAUUUGGUCAGAAGUGGAAUCGCCAGGUCACAAGAUAUUGUCUGCCUUCGGCUUCAGUGAUGAGAAAGCUAAAGAACUGGAAUCUUUAAGUUCUGAGCCUGGAUUUGUUGAUGAUUGAUACUUCCCUUCGAUAUUCAUGAGAUUGAAAAUGAAUUUUGUCACUCAAAAAAUGUAUCAAAGAUCUUUACUGAGAUGUUGGUUUUGUUCCAUGCAUGCAAUUGCUUUAUGGAGUUCCAGAAAGGCUUGUAGUAGUUCUUUGGUUAUGUAUUUUGUUGAAUGCUCGAUGCUUUAUGUCCUAUAAAAGGAGGAGUUACACACUGCCUUAUUUUUA